GGUAGGUUAGGUAGUUAUGCAUAUGCGUAUAGAGGUAUGCGUAUGUAUUCAGAGGUACCUCCCCUCGACACGUCAAGCCGCUAAAAGGGCAUUUAGGUACCUAUUUGGGAACUAUCUGGGGUAGUCGCCGUGGUGACCCAGGGCUGCUCCUGUUGGGUACCCGCUGCAAAGUCCUACCUGCUAGUAACCUCUCUCUCCCUCUCCUCGGCCCUCAAGUCCACCCCCAAACUGCCCGACCUGUGCUGGAACUCUGCAAAAAACGGGCUCGAUCACGUUAGCCUCGUUAGCAAUGGAUUUUUAAAUUGUCUGUCGGCAGCGAGAUGUUCCCUGUGGCACAACCACCCAUAUUGCACCCCUGUCGCCCUCAGGAAAGCUGUCGCGAUGGCCGUCCCUCAUUGGUUGGACCUUGUCGCAACCUCCUGUUUACCUGCGACCUCGUCAACUUCAACCUCACCACUCUUCCUUCUCGUUUCCAUCGAUUCCCCAUCCAACUUCAAACUCUCUCCUCAUCUACCCGAAUUUCACAGUCGCCGUGCCCCAGCGACCGACUUAAGGGCUUCUGGAUUUCAUUUUAAGAGCAUAUACUGCAUUAUUUAGGACACCGUCGCGGUAUCAUGCCUGUCGAGCUUCGAAAGCGCAAAGCACCUGCGCCGGUCCCAGAUCCUCCGGCUAAGAAGCAGACGAGGACUACCAAGGCUGCGACUAAGGCUAAGGAAACCUCGAAGCCCACCACUGCGAAAUCUGCCGCUGCCAAUGGCUCAUCCAAGUCUGCAAAGCUCGCAAAGCCCGCGAAGCCCGUGAAGCCCGCGAAACCCGUCGCUGGUGGCGCCAUCGCCCUAGACGGGUUCGGUGGCGAGAUCGAGACAAAUGACGGCACCAAAACUAGCUUGAAGGCGCUGGUUGACGAGAGCAUAUCCGGUGUCGUGAUUUUUACCUACCCGAGGGCUUCCACGCCAGGCUGCACCAACCAGGCCUGUCUCUUUAGGGACUCCUACGAGUCUCUAACCAAGGGCGGCCUUGCGAUCUACGGUCUUUCGACCGACUCGCCCAAGGCCAACACUACCUUCAAGACGAAGCAGAACCUACCCUACCCUCUCCUGUGCGAUCCCGGCGCCACCUUGAUUGAUGCCAUCGGGUUCAAGAAGGCGCCCAGGGGCACUACUCGUGGCGUCUUCGUCGUUGAUAAAUCUGGCAAGGUUCUUCUGCUCGAGCCUGGCAGCCCCGCUGGCACUGUUCAAGCUGUAAAGAAGCUAGUUGAAGAGAGCGGGGAGGCUGGUGCUGCCGAGAAGCCAGCGGAGAGUACCGACGAAAAGCCCGGGGAGGAGAAGGAAGAAGAGGAGGAGGAGGAAGAGGAGGAAGCCAAGCCCGCCAAUGGCGAGGCCGCCGAGGAGAAGACUGGGGCGGCCGAGUGACGAGUGGCAGGAGGCUUAUUGGCUCAUUCGAUUUCGUGUCUAGUGGUUUUCCUAUCUCGUGUUGUAGUACAAUAGCCUUGACGAUGUUGAUGGAAUUAGUCAGCUUGCGAGUAGGGGGCGGCAUAGAGUGACGAGGACAACAACUGGGAGAUCGGCAUUUGCGUUAUAAUUUAUCGGUGCGAUAUCUACAUACCUGCAACUUAGUACCUUGUCUUUGAUUAGUAAACUAUCGCUAUGAAAACCUCUACCAAGGCUGGUUGGUACCUAUUAGAGAUACCUCUUGGCUGCGCUUUAGCCACCUGUGGCGGGGAUUUCUUGAUUUAAUUGGUAGAAAAGGAG